CUCCCGGGCCCCUGCCCUCGGGCGCCAAUCGCUUUGCCACCUCCCAGCUUCUGUUGGCUCCCCUUUGGGGUAGACCCUCCGUUUGUCCUGCUGAUCUCAAAAGCUCCGAGCGUGCAGUGCGCACCUGGCUAGAUCUAUCACUCAAUAUGGACUCUUAUGGCAACACCAACAGUGGAUUUUAUACAUUUGGGGACCAUGAUGUACAAAAGAACAUAAAGAUUAAAUUGAGCACAAAGGAAAAUGAUGGUAUCAAGAGACAUGCUAUACACGAGGCCAUCAGUUUCAACUGGUUUUGGAGCCAUUGCAAAAAAGCAGGGGGCCUCUGCAGGAUGGAGGGUCUGUUUCCUACUGGUGAUUGGCUGAAUUCCUCUUGGCCUGGGGACUCAAUAGCAGGAAGGUUAGGUUCUAUCCCAAUCUCCAUGCAGAAAUGAUCUCAAGCAAGAGGAUUACAACUCCCAGCAUGCCAUGAACACAACUUCCUGAAUGAGGACAAGAAAGAGAUUUUCUGCAAACUGUGCACAAACCCUGGGAACACAGCAGGACCUGACACCCACCACCUCAGGAAGCCUCUGGACAGCCCCCCAAGGAGUUUGGUAAACUUUGAAAAUGGAGCCAGGCAGGAAAUCUUUAGUACCCCCAAGUUCCAUUGCUACCCUGGAGGGGCCUGGCAAUGCCUCCCUGGAGCUGCCCAAUGCAGACCUAGAGAAGCUCCGAAUGUUCCCCAUUGGGCCUGGAGCACACCAUGAAGACCCAGCCACUGGGAACCCUGGCAGCAGAGCUGCUACGGAUGGCACCCGGGGCACAGACCCCACAGGGGAACCAAGUGGCGACAUUAAGAUCCCCAAUCGGGAUAGUGGGAUCGACAGCCCGUCCUGCAGCAUAGCGGAUGAGCACUUUCCCUGUGAGGAGGGCAAUGAGGUGGUCCCACGCCCCACUGUCCUGAGGCUGCACCCUGACAGUGAUGUGGGUAAGGGCUGCAUCGAGGAGCCUGAACUUGAGAACAACCCCUCCAGGGCCAACAUGGACCCAGCCAAGUGCUCUGAGCCCCAGAAGCUGCUCCACAUUGCCCAGGAACUCCUGAACACUGAGGAGACCUAUGUAAAGCGCCUGCAUCUGCUGGACCAGGUUUUCUGCACCAAGCUGACAGAAACGGGGAUCCCUCCAGAAGUCAUCACAGGCAUCUUCUCUAACAUCUCCUCCAUCUAUUGCUUCCAUGGGCAGUUCCUCCUGCCUGAGCUACAGAAACGCAUCACAAAGGAGUGGGACACAAAUCCCCGGCUUGGGGAUAUCCUGCAGAAGCUGGCCCCGUUCCUCAAAAUGUAUGGGGAAUACAUGAAGAACUUCGACAAAGCUGUGGAGCUCGUGAGCACCUGGACCCAGCGCUCACCACUUUUUAAAGAUGUUGUCCAAAGCAUCCAGAAGCAGGAGGUGUGCGGGAACCUGACACUGCAGCACCACAUGCUAGAGCCUGUGCAGAGGAUCCCGCGCUAUGAGCUGCUGCUCAAGGACUAUCUGAAGAGGCUUCCAGGCAAUGCCCUAGACCGGAAGGAUGCAGAGAGGUCCCUGGAGCUCAUCUCCACAGCCGCCAACCACUCCAACACCGCCAUUCGCAAAAUGGAGAAAAUGCACAAGCUCUUGGAGGUGUACGAGCAACUGGGUGGGGAGGAGGACAUUGUCAAUCCUGCCAAUGAGCUGAUCAAGGAGGGCCACAUCCAGAAGCUAUCAGCCAAGAACGGUACUGCGCAGGACCGCCACCUCUUUCUGUUCAAUAGCAUGAUUCUUUACUGUGUACCCAAACUGUGGCUCAUGGGUCAGAAGUUCAGUGUCCGGGAGAAGAUGGACAUUGCCGGGCUCCAGGUACAAGACGUGGCCAAGCGCAGUGCAGCCCACACAUUUGUCAUAACAGGGAAGAAGAGGUCCCUGGAGCUGCAGACUCGGACGGAAGAGGAGAAGAAAGACUGGAUUCAGGUCAUCCAGGCCACCAUUGAGAAGCACAAGCAGAACAGCCAGACCUUCAAGGCCUUUGGCUGCUCCCUGGGCCAGGAUGAGGACCCUGCCCUCACUCCAGACUCUCCUAUAGUGAGCACCAGCUCAGAGGAGUAUGCAGCGAUGGUCGAUGGAGCAGGUGCUGCAGUGCUUGAGUCCAGGAAAGGGUCCUCUAAGGCCAGACGUGACAAGGAGAAGCAGGGCUGCAGCAGCUGCGGGGAGACCUUCAACUCCAUCACCAAGAGGAGGCACCACUGCAAGCUCUGUGGGGUGGUCAUCUGUGGGAAGUGCUCUGAGUUCAAGGCUGAGCAUGGCAGACAGAGCCGAGUCUGCCGAGAGUGCUUUCUCACCCAGUCAGUGGCUCCUGCAAGUCCCAGCCCUGAAGAGCCCACAGAGCCAAAGCAGAGGACUGAGAAGUCAGCCACUGAAGACUCCCAACCCAGCCUGCUCUGUGGCCCCCUGCAAAUGUCAGAUGACAGAGUGACCUGGAGUGAGGUGUUGGCCACCAUUGUCACAUCAGAGCCCCUGCAACUGGUACUGCACCUGCAGGGAGGCAACCAGGACAACCAGCCACCCUGCACCAUCCCUCUCUCAGGCUGCAAGGUGAGCCUGCUAGACCCCAAGGAGAGGCUGGAUGACGGACACGUGUGGAGGCUGCAGCAGGCCCAGCAGUCCUGGUACCUGAGUGCUUCAUCUGCAGAACUUCAGCAGCAGUGGGUGGAGGCUCUGAGCAUUGCUUCCCAAGGGGACCUGGCCCAGGCCACCUCUGGGGACCCUUAGUCCCAGGUUCCAGCUAGCAUAUCAGCAAAGAGUGUACCUCUAACUGUGUGUCUGGAGCAAAAGUGUUCCUCUAACUGUGUGUCUGGGGCAAGUGUAGGGUCACUGUUAAGAUAACCCUCUCUCAGGGCGUCCUGUAGGGGCCCAAAGACAGACAGAGCAUCGGAGGCC